AUGGAGAUUCCUCCUGGCCUUGCCCUUCGCUUUCCCCCAUAUUCCCCAGGCCACCUAGGAGUUCCACAGUGCACCCACUGCCUCAUCACGUUCACCGAUGCCAACUUCCCGGAGCGUCACAUGACGAAAGAGCACCUGGAAGACUUUAUGGUCCAUAAGCUGCAGGAAGCCUUCUUCAUUUGCUUCACCUGUGCCUGCUCAUGCCCCUCCAGCAAGGCCCUGAUCCACCAAUGCAGCCACAGUCCUACUGCCAAGCCCUCCCCACGGUGCUCCCCAAGACCCAGUAGACCCAGUCCGCUUCUCAGGCAGCACCACCAGGUCCAUGAAACCCACACCACCCCUAGCUCCUUUGCCUGGACUGAGUGUGGCCGGGAUAUUGCCCAGAAAGCAGGGCGCCAUCAACACUACAGCGGGCAUGCUUAG